UAAAUUACAUUCAGGGCAUGGAAGGGCCUAGCAGAAGACAGGAAAAGGAAGAGAAAGGAAAGGAAGAUCAGGGUGUCCGAUAUCGUGGCGUUCGGAGGAGACCUUGGGGUAAGUUUGCUGCGGAGAUUAGAGAUCCUUCAAGAAAUGGUGCAAGAUUGUGGCUUGGGACGUUUGACACUGCAGAGGACGCAGCUCGUGCUUACGAUAGGGCUGCAUUUAACUUGAGAGGUCAUCUUGCAAUCCUUAAUUUCCCUAAUGAAUACUACACUCAGGUUAUGGGGUCUCCUCCUCAUCGUCCUCUACCCUCAUCGUCUUAUUCUGGUAGGAGGGUGGAGAAGGGAAGUUCAUCCGCUGGACAAGAUAGGCAGGUAUUCGAGUUCGAGUAUUUGGAUGAUAAGGUGUUGGAGGAGCUUCUUGAAUCAGAGGAUGAGAAGAAGAAGAGGGUGAGAGGCUGAAACUUCAAACCUUUUUACUAU